CCGGUUUUGUACCGGUACGCUGUACCGAUACCCAGCCCUAAUGCUGACUCAACAGGCAGGUAUUUCCCUGACGGCGCCUAUCUCCUCUCCAGGGGAUGUUGUGAAUGUUGCAAAUCGUGCCAACUUGGCCUAGAGGAACAGGUGUUUGGUUACACGUUGAGCUAUAACAAUAGAACCAGAAAAAACAUGUCUGUGAAUGACGUAUGAAUGUUGAGACGCUCCCUUGACUGUAACCAGUGAAGUGAGGUCACCGUGUAGGUGUAGGACCCGGUCGGGCGGUCAUGUUCGAUUCACAUUCGUGCUGAGAUAUCCCUUCACGUAGUCUGUGUAACACAAACUCCGCUGUCCAGGGCAGUAACAGGGGGCCGGCGGAUGUUUGGCGGGCUGCUGUGAGCGAGAUUUAAUCAGGCUACCCUUCACGAUGCGUCUCAAGAAGAAGUGUAACUUACCGAAGAUAUUUCGAGGAGGAAUGUUUCUUCUGUUUGUGGUGAACAUGGCUGUGUUGUACAUGGUUUGGCGCGAGCGGUCCACGUAUGCGGAGCUGCGAUUUCACCUGAUGAAGGCGAGCAAGGAGUUCCAUGGCACACCUCAAUGGUACGUGGGUGGUUUGUAAAAGGUGUAUUUGAACUAAGAGUAAAAAUGUGUAUUUAGACAAGGAACGCUGCCAUUUUUUAUUGAAAAUGUGUGUACUAUUUCUUUCUGUCUUUCAACGAAGAGCUUGCAAUAUACCUUUAAUAUAUCUCAAAAGUUGACGAAAUUCCAAUUAUGAUCGUUUGUUUUAUCUUCAAUUCAUAAUGACCAUUGUACUUUCUACUCGCCUGGUGUCUGUCCAUUGACCUUUGAGUUUUAAUUCGUCACUUAUGUUCGUUUGUUUUAUCUUCAAUCGACACUAUUGACCAUUGCACAUUGUCCAUACAACCGUUCCCGUACGUGGCCUAGAUCAGGCCUUCCUACGGGGGUGCAGGGAUCGUAGAAUCCGGCAAAAUAUCGGGAAAUUGGACAGGGGAGUCAGUCCAUGCUUAGGUUCAUUUUCCCCCUCCGACCAACUCCUCUGGUAGCAAAACUCCCCGGCAAAUUAGGAAGUAGUCAGCGUAGUCAGUCUGGUAGAGACAGAUGUUGGCAGAUGAACUCGUCCUUGACGGUCACGCUAAUCGACCCUGUGUAUUUGUAUUUGAUCAAUGGAUGGGCUGUAUUGUCAGCGACGUGUUCUCUAGUAGGUUGUCGUCGGUACCAAUAUAUUGGAGCAGCACGUAAGCAAACAAGGGGAAUAAUGUUCUCCGGAGUUAGGCUACUCUCCAAAUUGGUAAAAGCGGCCCUAUAUGCAGUUCACGGGCUGUUUAUUUUCACUUCUCUUCAUCUUUCAUGUUGGUCAAAUGGUUGGGACAUGGUCAAAUGGUUGGGAUAUGGUCAAAUGGUUGGGACAUGGUCAAAUGGUUGGGACAUGUGGUCAGGACGUGUUCGGAACAUGGUUGGUGCCAAAAGAUGGGCGUGGCCUGAAACUGGUCAGACUGCUCCCGACCUUGGCAAGGUUAGUGGUUGGGGGCCAUGUUCGACUAUGUGUGACCGGGCCAGUAAUCGAGGCUUAACGUACAACACAUAAUUACUGUCACUGCAAAUCUUUCUGAAUCAGUAUAAGCACUCCACCAGCUGUCAUUCAGUGCUCUCUAUUCUAUAUAAAAGAGUAGAUGUAUAUCACUAAUCACCUUAGAUAACAGAGUUUGCAAAGAUUCUUCUACAUGAAAUAGAAUACUAUUACAAAGCCUCGUUCACACGUUGUGCGUAUAUACAAGUGUGUGCGCACUGUAUGUUUACAUUUUUGUCCUUGGUAAAGUUUGUGGCCGAAAACAAAAGAAGUUUUUCCAGUUCGUUAAGCAGGCUGCACAACGAUGAGUCAACGUUAAAAACAACUUUGAAAAACUUUACCUAAGGCUGUCAAUACGCCACUUGAAUACACACACAUUGUGAACGGGUCCUAGUGUAGACUUGCGAUCGCAAGGGAAUUAUACAUGUAUCAUUGUAUACCAGUAUUAAUCACACAUUCUCUUUAAUACAGUGUCGAAAAGCAGACAGCAAAAACUCUUUUCAAAGAAUUCGUGACAGUGACCGCAAGACGCCUUGGUGCAAUGCGGAGCGUUAAAGCUGAUUUCAUAAAUGGGACUUCUGUUCAAAACAAUACAGCAAACCUUUUGGUUCCCGGGCCUUCCGCGACAAAGAACGGUACCGGUAGUAAAACGGCCCCACUCCCACCGAAGAAGAAAAGGAAAGUUAUCAAAGUCAUUAAGCGAGUCGUGAAGCGCAAGAAAGCUGCCAAGCCAGGGACAGGUGCUGUGAAGGAAACAAUAACCAAGGAGAGCUGUGGUUGGCGAAACGGAUCGGGACAGAACUGGUGUUUCAACAGAACGGAGGUACUGAAGAUGAGGCAACAUAUACUCAGGUUUUACAACCCAGAAGCGAACCUGACUCUAACUCAGUCCAGUCUGAAAGUUGGGCAGAAUAUAACGUACGAACUUCAUACCAAGCUUAUCAUGACUCCAUUCAACGUCACGGAAGACUUCUUGCAGUUGGUCCCCAAAAGAUCACCUUUAGCAGACCGCCAUUUCAACACGUGUGCAGUGGUAGGGAAUUCUGGGAUUGUGCUGAACAGUAACUGUGGCAAAGAAAUCGACUCUAUGGACUUCGUCAUGCGAUGCAAUCUACCUCCAAUCGAGGGUUACGAGAAAGAUGUCGGCUCCAAGGCGAACUUCACCACCAUGAAUCCGUCGGUGAUUCCGCAAAAUUUCAGAAGAUGGAACAAGACGAGAAAAGAGUACAAUCGUUUCCUACGAAGCCUGAAACAAGUUGGCGACCAGAUCUUGUACGUGCCUGCUUUCACAUCUCCGUAUGGAGAGAAGUACGUCAGAGCCGUUGCACAGAUUGUUCUUCAGCACAAGCUGCCGAUGAAGAUGGCAUUUCCACCGACGGGACAAAAUAAUCUCAUGAAAUCUAUCUGGAGAGACGCUGGGUUCGAGAUCCUCCGUCCAUCCACCGGUGCCCACAUGUACACCCUUGCUGCCACCAUCUGCGACCAGAUCCACAUGUACGGCUUCUACCCAUUCACGGACGACGCACGAGGGAGGGCACUGCGCUAC